UUUAUUCGCGAGGGUAUGACGUAGAAGCACACGCGGAAACUGUUUACCCUAGCAGCGAGCGCUCGUUUGAGCAGCUUUUCGAGGAAAAACACGUUUUUUAAAAUCAUUUUCUAAAGUGUUUCGUGUUAAAGUUAACUAGUCAUAAUGGGAAAAGCGGAUUUUCUUUCACCCAAAGCGAUAAGUAACCGAAUAAAAGCCAAAGGUCUACAGAAGUUGAGAUGGUAUUGCCAGAUGUGUCAGAAACAAUGCAGGGACGAGAACGGAUUUAAGUGUCACUGCAUGUCCGAGUCCCACCAGAGGCAGCUACUGCUGGCCUCUGAGAACCCCACCAAGUUCAUGGACUACUUCUCAGAUGAAUUCAAAAGUGACUUCCUGGAGCUGCUCAGGAGACGAUUUGGGACCAAGCGAGUACACAACAACAUCGUCUACAAUGAGUACAUCAGUCACCGGGAGCACAUCCAUAUGAACUCCACGCAGUGGGAGACUCUGACCGACUUCACCAAGUGGCUGGGCAGAGAGGGUUUUUGCAAAGUUGAUGAAACCCCCAAAGGCUGGUACAUCCAGUACAUCGACCGCGACCCAGAGACCAUCCGACGCCAAGAGGAGCAGGCGAGAAAGAAGAAACAGGAGCUUGACGACGAGGAGAGGAGUGCCAGAAUGAUCGAGGAGCAGGUCCGCAAAGGCCGUGAAGGCAAAGGCACUGAUGAAACUCCAGUCUACACAGAGCUCAAACGGGAGAGUGAGGAAGAAAAAGUUGCUUUCAACUUGGGUGCCUGUUCUUCUGUCGCUGGCCCCUCCAAAUCAAGUUCGGUUCUGGGUGCUAGUGCGCUUAAAGCAGCAUCAUCUUCGUCUUCGACCUCAGUAAAAAGGAAAGACUCCAGCUCAGACUUCAGAGGAGGGGAAAAGAAGAAGAAAUCAGCUUUGGAGGAGAUCAUAGAGAUGGAGAAGAAAAAACAACAGCAGCAGCAGCCGGUGAGAACUGAUGACUGGCUGCAGCCCAAUAUUAUAGUAAAAGUAAUCACCAAAAGACUGGGGGAGAAAUACCACAAAAAGAAGGCUGUCAUCAUGGAGGUACGAGACAAAUACACCGCAGUGGUAAAAAUGAUCGACUCUGGAGACAAACUGAAACUGGACCAGAAUCACUUAGAGACAGUUAUACCUGCCCCAGGUAAACGAGUUUUGAUCCUGAACGGUCCUUACAGAGAUAUGGAGGCUCUGCUAGAGGGCAUUGAUGAAAAACAUUUCAGCGCUGCACUCACUCUUGACUCUGGACCUCAGAAAGGAAAGAGAGUGGACAUUGCCUACGAGGAUUUCUCAAAACUGGCCUGAAUAAGCAUACUUCCUGUUUAAACCUCAGGUAGCUUUUUAGCUGAAGGACUCUACUGUGUCAGAGUUUAUUCCCCGGGAAUCUCUUGUGUAUGUCCCAUAUUUCACCUGCUUGAACAAACCAGAAGAACUUUGAGCAGUUUGUUUUUGUUUGUUUUUAUUUAGUAUUUGAGUCAGUUUUGACAUUUCAGAUGUAUAUUUUCUCAAAAUAAAUUUGACAAAAGUUA